AUGGCAUCUUCUGGCCUGGGAAUAGCUAAUUCACGACCUGCAUCUGCUGUCUUGUCGCCAGAACGAGUAUUGCUGACUACCACUAUAUCAAAUCCAACCCAGACUUCUCCAAAUAAGAAACUCUCCCUGGAUCUCCACAAGACAGAUCUAGAAGAACGAACACUGAAUGCCAUAUCAUCAGCAGCAACAUCACUCCCAAAGGCUACCAUCAAGGCAUCAGGGGCCGCAGAUACUCUAGGGCGAGGUAUUAAAGCUACAGUAAAUCUCGAUAAUAAUCUAGAUCGUACUCUGGCCAACCUGGAUAAAAUGUCCAGUAUGGCAGUUGAGCUCAACUCGAACGCCACGUCUAUGAAGGGAUCGUUUGCGAGUAGUGUGGGAGAAACGCUCGAUCUGCUAAAGUAA